AUGUCUAGCUCGACUUGCGAUUCCGGUAAUGCCAGUUUAGGAAUAUUACGUCAAGUGUUCCGAGCGAAUAAGCCUGUAGGGUUCAGAGUGAGAAACUGCUCAUCGAGCGGACAUGCGUCCUCGAUGUCAGCAUCUAUUUGGUCGAGAACAGACGUCUGCACAUGCCUGCAUGUGUACAGUGCAUUUAUCCACCGAUCGCGAGUGAGAAGUGCAGGUCGACUGCUCGCUGUUCUCAACAUGGACCAUACCGAGAGAACCUCCCUCCUCUUUGAAGUCGAUUAA